AUGAAGAACUCCAAUCUUUCUCUUGGCAUUGCUUUCUUACUACGUUUUUGUAUUUGCACCAAACUGUGCUGUGCGGGAGAUGUGGAUAAUCUUCAUGAUAUAUGCCCAACAGAUACAAAAGAUCAAAGAAUCUUUAUUAAUGGCUUUCUGUGCAAGAAUCCUGCUAAUAUAACAGCGUCUGAUUUCAAAUCCUCAUUGCUGAACCAUGGUGGUGACACGGAUAACUUUUAUCGUUCGUUUAUGAACAUAAUUACUGCAGCAGAGUUUCCAGGACUCAACACCCUUGGAUUAUCAGCUUCCAGGACUGACAUAGAGGAUGAUGGAAUGGUGGCUCCACAUGCUCAUCCAAGGGCUUCCGAAAUGAUGUUUGUGAGCACUGGUGUCGUUAUAGCAGGAUUUGUAGAUUCCAACAACCAGGUUUUUCAGAAAGUUCUGAAUGAAGGUGAUGUCUUUGUGUUUCCAAGAGGUCUUCUGCACUUUUGUUUCAAUGCUGGUUUGGAGAGUGCCACUAUUUUCUCUGUUCUAAACAGCCAGAAUCCAGGGCUAAUAACCAUGUCAGGUUCCAUGUUUGCACCCAAUGAUUCAAAGGCCAUGAAAAUGUUAAUGAAGAAAUUAUUCUCUCUUUCUUCACUGGAUUUGGGUCGCAUUGAUAUGAAUUUGUUUUCGAAUUAA